CAUCGGGCAGUAGUGUGUUCUCGAUUCCUCGGUGUUUCGACCCAUUAAGAACGCGGCUUUUCCGCAGAUCGUAUCACCGCAUUUUAUCCCGCAAAUAAGUCAUCAUGAGGUUCAUCUUCCUUCUUGUCCUCGUUGUUGGUCUCGCUCACGUUGCUCGAUCUGAUGGAUUAUGGGAUACGGUAAUUAAGUGGUGGGUCGACUGGUUAGGAUCGUCUGCUGAAGACGAUUACAAGGACUAUAAGGAAUUGAUCACUUGGCUCGAAGAUUAUUCUGAAGAAGAAAACACCGAAAAGCCAGGUUCAUCAAGUGGAUCCUCAAGCCCGCGACCACCGCCACCACCAUCACCGUUUGGUUAUAUUCCGCAGCAGCCACCAAUGCCACCUUUCAAUUACGGACAAGCGCUGCCCUUCCCACCACCCUUCUACAAUCCCUACCAACAACAGCCGCCAUAUUACCCCGGUUUUCAACCGAUCCCGAUAGCUCCACCGGCCGGAUCACCUCUGAAUGCUCCUUCUUCGAGUGCUCGGAGUAGUUCGACCACCACGACGACCGCAGCGCCAACCACGGCGAGUACCACCACAACUACCACCACUACUACGACCCAAGCACCAACCACGGCGAAAGCCGUGACGACUGCAGCGCCGGCGGCAAAAAAUUCAACUAAUGCGACUACCGCUGCCCCGGCUAAGGCUAAUGGUACUGCUGCUACAGGCUAAAUAGUAUGCAGUUUUUCAAGUGUGAUCAGAGGUGUGUGAUGUGGUACGGAUAUGAUGUAUAAUAUAAGGAGGGUCAGCU